AUGGCUGGCGAUAUCAUCCCGGCUUUGGCAACGAGCUGGGCACCGCUUGAGAGCGAUCCAACAAUUUGGGAAUUCAAACUGCGUGAAGGCGUGACCUACCACGAUGGCGCAGAAUUCAACGCCGACGAUGUUGUGUUCUCGAUCAACCGUGCGCGCACGGAAACCUCGGCCAUGAAAGAGCUUCUGGCGUCGUUGGCAGAGGUGAUCAAGGUUGACGACUACACCGUGCAUUUUCGCACCGAAGGUCCGAACCCGCUGUUCCCCAACAACCUGACCAACCUCUUCAUGAUGGAUCAGGGCUGGGCUGAAGCCAACGAUGUGGUUGCUGUGCAGGACAUCGCUAAUGGCGAAGACAGCUUUGCUGCCCGUAACGCCAACGGCACAGGCGCUUUCAGCCUGACAAGNGAUCUUGGCCGCGUGGGCGAAACCGAUGGCCUGAAGGUUGUGACCGCGCCGCAGAACCGCGUGAUCUUCCUGGGCAUGCAGCAAGGUGAAGAUGAUCUGGAUACCGACAGCGUUGAGGGUGCUAACCCGUUCGCCGAUGUGCGCGUGCGCCAGGCCGUCAACACUGCAGUCAACCGCGAUGCGAUCCAACAGGUCGUGAUGCGCGGCCAGUCGGCACCGACGGGCGUUAUCAUGCCUCCGUUCGUCAAUGGCUGGACAGAAGAGCUGGACGCUGCGCCAGAAACCGACGUUGAAGCGGCCCGCGCUUUGAUGGCUGAAGCUGGCUACGAAGAUGGCUUUGAAAUCAUCUUCAACUGCCCGAACGACCGCUACAUCAACGAUGAAGCGAUCUGUCAGGCCGUGGUUGGCAUGCUUGCGCAGAUCGGCAUCACCGCCAAUCUGGAAGCGCAGACCCGCGCCAACCACUUCCCGCUGAUCCAGAACCAGGAAACUGAGUUCUAUCUGCUGGGCUGGGGCGUUCCAACGUUCGAUAGUGAGUAUGUGUUCAACUUCCUGGUCCACUCGACCGAAGGCGAUUACGGCUCCUGGAACAACACUGGGUAUUCCAAUCCAGAGGUCGAUGAGAUGAUCGUCUCGCUGGCAUCGGAAACCGACCUUGACGCGCGCAACGCCACGAUUGGCGACAUCUGGGCGCAGGUUCAGGAAGAUGUGCUCUACAUCCCCAUUCACAACCAAGUGUUGAACUGGGGUAUGCGCGACAACAUUGACUUCGAUGUGCAGCCUGAAGAUCAGCCGCACUUCAAGUUCCUCACGUUCAAUUGA